UUUGUUUAUAUAUUCAAUUUGUGUCACCUUCAAAUAUUUCUUAAAUUUCGUGUAAGGAACAGUUUGGUUUGUAGUAUUUGUAUUUACGAACUGCUCUUCAAUCGCGUUAUAUGAUGUUCAAAUUUAUACCAUUUAAAUAUCACCUGUGCGCUCUGGGAAAUUCUUAUGAUGUGAUUGCGGACGCCUGCAGGGACAAAACAAAGUUCUUUAGCUUUGUGGACUCUAGACCAUGGAGAAGUUUCAGGCGCAACGUGGAGAAUUUCCUAGAGUGCGACAUAAACACUUACCACAUAUAUUAUUGGUUCGUCCUAAUAUUCAGUAUUUAUGGAGUGAUACACAGUCUCUUUCGAUUCUCACGGUUACUCUUCACCAAGGAGACGUUUGGGAAUUCUAUGUGGCACAAUAAUAGAUUCCACGUGUUUCCUCCAAAAAUGGUCAGAAAAUUCAGCGUUCUAUACGCUUUUAUACUAACGAAUAUCUGGGCGACAUUGUUGUAUGCUGCUUUGUUUGUGUCACCACGUCACAUGGCACCAUGGCUGUGGAUCCAAAUGGUGGUAUUCGCUUGGCAUCUGGUAGCGUCGUUUAUGAAAUCCCUGCUGGGGAGUAUGAAAGGUAACCGAACUCGGACCACAAUCUAUUUGACCGUGUAUGUGGUGAGCAUAUGGCUUGUCUAUCAGUCCAAGAGGGCGUUUACCAUAGCCCUAAAGCAGGAUACUCCAGAUAAGCUGAUGCUCUGUUCGCGAUUCAUACACCCUUUACUAAACUAUUUUAAUGGCAUACCAAUGUGAUUCCUGAAGGUGUUAAUUUUGUUGAAUUAUACUAUCUAUCCACUCCCAUA